AUGAGUGGAAGGCGAGGUGCAGGAAGUGGUGGCGGUGCUAGAUCAUUGCCGUUUGGUCUCGGGUAUCAGGAUAUUGGACCAAACAACAUUGCUGAAUUUCCGAGCUUAUCAUUACCUGUUAAUGGCAAUGUGAGUAGCAGAGAUCGUUCCAUUGCGUUAAAGUAUAUUAAUUUCAAUGCUGCGCUUAGGGAAAGUCCAUUUUUCACAGGCACAUUGGAGGCGGCUGAAGAAGGGGACAAUAAGAACAAGAAGAAAGGUAAACGUGAGCUUGUUAACAAUGAAGGGCCAUCAGAUGGGAUAGCGAGAUACUCUGACAAAUACUUGAAGAAAAGGAAACUUGGUGUUUCGAUUGAUGAGCAUCCGUUUCAUUUGGAGCUGUUCCCGAAGGACCUAUAUGCUGUCAUGGGUAUUAAUAAAAAGAAGCUCAUGACGUUAUCAAAAUUCAAUAAUGAGGAUGACAUAUUUACAGGAUCUGAACAAGAUGAAGCUCUAGGUUUAUCGAUGCUGGAGAAAUACAAGGAACUCGCUGAAGAAGUUGACGAAGAGGACGAGAACAAGAAGGAAGAGGAUGGUACUGAAGAACCGGUAGAUGAUGAAUUUGAUGAUGAAGACGACGAUGACGAUUACAACGCCGAGAAAUACUUCAGUGGUGGUGACGAUGAUGAUAUCGGUGAAGAUGAUUAUGGUGAUGAGCCUGCAUUUUGA